ACAAAAUUCAAUUCCCAUUAAAAAAAAAUUCCUCCCAACACAUUUCCAACUCUUCUUCCCAUGAAAUCAACAACAACAAAGAAAUGGUGAGCCAGCAAAGGAAUUCAUCAGAUGAACCCAUUCACGAUACACCACACUGCUUGGUGGUUCCAUUGCCAGCCACAGGGCACAUCAACCCAAUGCUCCAAUUCUCCAAGCGCCUCAUCUCCAAACGGAUCCGGGUCACCCUGGUCCUGACCCGUUUCGUAUCCAAAUCCAUCACCGCAACCACGGCCAGGGAGGAGGAAUUCAACGUCCGCCUCGACUCCAUCUCCGACGGCUUCGACGACGGUGGGAUGGAGGCGGCGGAGAGCACCCGCGUCUACCUGGACACGUUUCGGGAAGUGGGUUCCGGUGCUCUGUCUCGACUCAUUGAGAAACAGAGCGAUGCAGGGGAACCUGUGCACUGCGUCGUAUACGAUCAUUGCAUCCCGUGGUGUCUUGACGUUGCCAAGAAGUUUGGACUCGUGGGAGCCGCGUUCUUGACCCAAUCCUGUGCGGUCGAUACCAUUUACAACCAUGUCUAUCAGGGGUUGAUCCGGCCGCCGGUGACGGAGCAGGGGAUUUUGACUUUGAGGACUCUUCCUGGUUUGCCGCCGUUGAAGUCUGAAGACUUGCCGUCUCUUGUGUCGAAAUUUGGGACGUACCCUGCCAUUUUCGGUGCGCUUGUGGGGCAGUUCUCGAAUAUCGACGAGGCCGAUUGGGUUUUCUGUAAUUCGGUUUACGAGCUGGAAAAUGAGGCUGCAGAUUGGCUGUCAAAAAGGUUACCGAAGUUGACGACAAUCGGCCCAACCAUACCGUCAAUGUACUUAGACAAGCGACUGAAAGCCGACGUGGACUACGGGUUCAGCAUCUUCAAGCCCAGCAACGAGCUCUGCAUGAACUGGCUGGCGAACAAGCCCAAUGGGUCGGUCGUUUACGUAUCGUUCGGCAGCCUAGCGAGUCUGGGCCCGGCCCAAAUGGAAGAGCUCUUUUCGGGAUUGAACAACAGCGGCCAUUACUUCCUGUGGGUGGUGAGGAAGACCGAAGAGACCAAGCUCCCCAAGAACUACUGCUUCAAUCCGGAGAAAGGUUUGAUCGUGUCGUGGUGCUCGCAGCUGGAAGUUCUGGCGAGUGGAGCCGUGGGGUGUUUCGUGACGCACUGCGGAUGGAAUUCGACGCUGGAAGGUCUGAGCCUGGGAGUGCCCAUGGUGGCAAUGCCGCAGUGGACUGACCAACCCACCAAUGCCAAGUUCAUAAGGGACGUUUGGGGGAUGGGGGUGAGAGCUGAAGGUGGCGGGGAUGGAUUGGUGAAGAGGGAAGAGAUAGAGAGAUGUGUGAGGGAAGUGAUGGGAGGAGAGAGAGGGGAAGAGAUUAGGAGAAAUGGUGACAAGUGGAAGAAUGUGAUGAAAGAUGCUGUCAGUGAAGGUGGGAGUUCUGAUAGAUGUAUCAGUCAGUUUGCUGGAAGCUUGAUCAAUCAAGUUUUGAAGAGGGUGGAGGCGGCGAACUUCGGAGCCUACACGGACACUUUCCGGCAAGUCGGAACCCUGACCCUCACCCAACUCAUUCAGAAACAGAGUGAUGCAGGGGACUCUGUUCACUGCGUCGUAUACGAUUCCUGCCUCCCCUGGUGCCUCGACGUCGCUAAGAGCUUCGGGCUCAUGGCAGCUCCUUUCUUCACCCAAUCCUGUGCGGUCGAUUCCAUCUACAACCAUGUCCGUGACGGAUUGAUCGAAAGUACUCCUCUUCCUUGGCUGCCGCCGUUGGAGACUCGUGACUUGCCCUCUUUCGUCAACGAUACAGGGGACAACCCUGGCGUUUUGGAGAUGUUCAAGGGACAGUUUUCUAAUCUCGAUCAGGCCGAUUGGGUUAUUUGCAAUACAGUCUAUGAGCUGGAACAACAGGCUGUAGAUUGGCUAACAAGGAGAUGGCCUAACUUCAUAACAAUUGGACCAACGAUACCAUCAAUGUACCUAGACAAGCAAUUCCCCAACGACACAGACUACGGAUUCAGCAUCUUCAAGCCGAUGAACGAAAUCUGCAUGAAUUGGCUAGGUGACAAGCCAAAAGGGUCAGUCGUGUACGUGUCCUUCGGAAGCUUGGCCGAUUUAGGAACAGAGCAAAUGGUGGAACUCUGUUUCGGGUUGAAGAACAGCGGCCAUUACUUCUUAUGGGUAGUGAGGGAAUCCGAACAGUCCAAACUACCAUACGACUUCUCCUCGACAGGGGAGGAGCAAAAAGGACUGAUCGUGUCGUGGUGCCCGCAGCUCCGCGUCCUGGCGAGCGGAGCUGUGGGGUGUUUUCUGACGCACUGUGGGUGGAACUCGACGUUGGAGGCGCUGAGUCUGGGAGUGGCCAUGGUGGCAAUGCCGCGAUGGUCGGACCAGACUACCAAUGCUAAGUUUAUAGAGGACGAGUGGGGAGUUGGGGUGAGAGCUCGUGAAGGUGGAGAUGGAUUGGUGAAGAGGGAAGAGAUAGAGAGAUGUGUGAGGGAAGUGAUGGAAGGAGAGAAAGCGGUGGAGAUUAGGAGAAAUGGCGACAAGUGGAAGAAGGUGAUGAAAGAUGCUGUAAGUGAAGAUGGGAGUUCAGACAGAAAUGUGAGAGAGUUUGUUGAUAGCUUGAUUCGGGUAUGUUUGUGGUAG